CGGUGGCAAACCCUUGACCAAUCAUCACAGCCGCCACACGCCUCCCUCCUUCCUCCUGGCCCGCACCCCUGCCGCGGCGCCCAUCCCUCCCAUCUUCGCGUUUCUCCUCCUCCCAGGACUACCUCCCGUCGCUUAGGCUCCAUGGCGGCGACCGGCUCGAGGCGAGCCUGGCGCAAGCGGGCGGAAGCGGGUGGGAGAGUGCCGGACGGCGCCGUCAUUGUUCAUUGUCGCACCGCUAAGCCGCAUCGAAGAAGGACCAGGACCUCACCCCUCGUCCCUUCUGGAUGCACCUCCCCACAUGAGUUCCUCCUGCCUAAUUCAGCUCCCUUUUGCAUCUAAUUUCAUUCUUGUUUCACAUGUUGGUUUGGUCGGCAAGAGAAGUUGUGUCGCCGACUGCAGUAGCCAGGAUUGGUGUUGGUGAUGUCUGUAGGUAUUUUCGUGCUUGCCAGUUAAACAAUUCCAAGUUAUGGGAUUGGAUCUCCAUUUUCCAAGAUUCUUAGCUGAUAAGUAUAUUAUGCGGGAAAAUCUCUACGUACUGAUGUUGUGCACAUCCAAAUACAAGCAAUCGAGGAAGAUUUCAUCCUCAACCUCCCUCACGACCCCAGAUUAUCAAGGUAUGAGCAGAGCAGCGAGGGAUGAGAAAAGUGGUGCAUCUAGGAGGAAGGGAUCUAGAGACAGCGAUGGGCAAAACAAUCCUGUGGAGGCAGCAAGAGGCAGUUCUCGACAAAUCACUAUUAAGAGAGAAAAGCAGCGCAAGGGUCCAAUGGAAGAAUUUGGUGAAGAACAAGGUCUCCAUCAUUUGGCGUCAAGGAAGGGAAGACCAUGUCAUCAUUUGGCCAGUCCAGGUCCCCAUGCCCCUGUAUCUGCCCUCGAAGCCGGGUUCCGCGAGCUAAGGUUGCAGGGGAGAAUGAACGUGCAAGUUUGCAGCAUCAAAUGUUUUUCUACAUUUGAUGGGUAGCUAAAUUAGUUUGAUUUCACGGAUGAUGGAGCCUUGCUGUGUGACGUAGUUCCUGGUGAAGAAAUAUUUGUUAGGUCUAUGUAUGUGUGUACUGGAGUUGGUGCAUCUCCAAGGAAGAACGAAACCCUUAUUCCUAUCUUAUCAUAUGCUACACUUAAAUGCAAAGUGUUAGCUAUGUUAACUGCUGUUUCAAUCCCUUGUUUGAAAAUGUGAUUGAUUACAAAUUGCGCAUGCUCAAGUAUAUAUUUGUAAAAAGAAGUCCUCCUUAAUUUUUGAUUAAAAAGGGUUUGGGUUGGCGCUUGAAGUGUUUGCUCAUAGCUAAAGUUACUACACAUUCAUGAUUUUAAAUGGGUAUUUGCGCACAUCUCACUGUAGAUAACAAGGCACCAUUUUUUUUAAUUGUGGACAAGAAGUCACCAUU